AUGGAGAAGACUAGGCGGGACCUUGGACACACCGCUGCACGUACCCUUGAACUAGAAACUCCCAUUGAGGAGGUACCGGAGGGAACUGGUGAGGAAAAAGUUCCCCUCAUCCCGAUUAUUCGGCAAACCUCACCGGCUGACAAGACCACUACACCGGUGAGCCUUCGGCAGGCACAAAAGACGUCAACCUCUUCCGCAUCCAUUGGUAAAAUUUCCACUGCUCCAGUCAAUUUUGCCGCACCCACCAUAGCCGCAACUGCAACAGUUGCCUCACCCGGAAUCAAGUCCACCAGCGCCGCCAACGCCGCAACUUCCUCUUUGGUGUUCUCCUCGGGCAGUCUCCCAACCCCCACGCGAUCGGAGAGUUGUCUCAACCCCUCCCAGUCAGGAGGCUCCAACUCCUCAACCUCCAUCACUUCGCCUACAGUGCCGACAAAAUCUACUCUAGUCGAUACUCACCAGACACCAACUCCACCUCAGCCUUCACCGCCACCAACACAAACCACGACUACGAUGCAGCAAUUCCCACAAACCUCCAGUGCUGCUGCAGCCACGUCGAUCAUCUGUUCCACCCCAACACGUAGGAGGCAUAGGACAACAUUUAGCCAGGAACAACUGGAUGAAUUGGAAUCGGCCUUUCGUAGAUCGCACUACCCGGAUAUUUACUGUCGUGAAGAUCUUGCAAAAACAACGAAACUCCAAGAGGCUCGAAUUCAGGUGUGGUUCCAGAACCGUCGCGCAAAGCAUCGCAAACAGGAGAAGCAGCAACGCGCUCAGCAACAGCAGCAACAACAGGCCAAUGCCCUGGCAAUCCAGCAGCAGCAACAUCACAACCACCAACAUCACCACCAGCAACAGCAACAGGCCAUUCAGCACUCGUUUUCUACGCCCAGCUACCACCAACUCGGAGCAGUGUUGGAGACACAGGUGGGCAUGUACCGCUCCACCGCGACGACAUACACCACACCAACCCCCUCAGCCAUCUAUCCUUUUACGUAUACUCAGACUGCAGGCUUCGUUGAGUCUCUUCCCGCUGCCUCACUUUUUGGCAAUCUUAAUAGAAAGUUAGAGAGCGUCGAGGAGGGCAAUGGGAAACGCGAACCACCCUCGGCGGCACCUGGAGAGCAACAGACGUCCUCGCCGAAAGAAGAAAUGGUCAUCAAGAAGGAAAGCAUUCUUCUGGAAAGCGGCCCUGUUAGUCAGCUGGACGCUGAGGAGGAGGAAGAUGGUGAUGCAAGGGGUGGGAGUGAGGAAGAGGAGGAGGAGGAGGAAGAUGAGGACGAGGAGGAUAAUGAAGAGGGUGAGCCUACCUCGCCGAAGGUGGUCAGGCUGGAGAGCUGGUCACCCAUAGACGAUAAGACAGACAGCGACAUGGGGGAGGUAAAACCCGUGACCACUCCUCUGCCUCCGCAAUCUGAGAUCCCCAAUUACAUGCCACCACCACAGUGUUUCCCGUCGAGUACCCUCACUGAGAUUCCCGCAGCUCAAAUGAUAUCCUACCAAAUUUACGGGCAAUUUCCUCCCCAUUACCAUUCACAUGUGGCACCGCCGCCACCGCCAUCCUCUCAUGGACCCGGCCACCACUCGAUCUACACUUCGCUGGCUACUGACACCAACGAGAUAGUUAACGAUGUCAGUAGUACCGCCGCCAUUCAAUUUCCACCUCCUCCCAGUAUUGAGAACCCAAUCAGUUCCGUAAAGGGCCAGACCAUUUCGGCUAUGGCAAGUCAAUGGCAAAAUGUGCAGACGACAGCCGAUCCGUCUGAGUGGUUUCUACAUGCCAACGGGACAGCGAUGCCUAUCCAGACAGCUGCAGCAGUGGCCUACGGUACGCCUAUGGGCAAUGCGUUUCUACAUCCUCACAUUUGA